UCAGAACUAACGAAUUGAAGGAGGCCCUUAAACCCUAUAAUGUUUUUGAGUCUGAAGAAGAAUUGAAUCAUAGGAUGGAGAUCUUAAGCAAACUGAAUGCAUUGGUCAAACAGUGGAUAAGAGAUACUAGCAUAGCUAGAAAUAUGCCACCUAAUGUAGCUGAACAAGUCGGUGGUAAAAUAUACACAUUUGGUUCAUAUAGAUUAGGUGUACAUCACAAAGGCGCCAAUAUUGAUGCUUUAUGUGUUGUACCACGUCAUAUAUAUAGAUCAGAUUAUUUUACAUCUUUUUUUGAAUUACUGAAGAUGCAAGAAGAAGUUACAGAUUUAAGGGUAAGUAGCUCAAGAAUCUAA